UGCAAUUGUUUGUAUGCGGCGUCGCAUAAUAGUUUACGAAAUUUUUGGAAAAUUGUAAAUAAUGCGAAGAAAAUCAGUUAUUUUCCCUUAAAUUCAACACAAACAAACGGAAAAUGGAUAUAAUUUUGCCAUACAAUACGCAGGACAGAGAACACUUUUGUAAUUGUGCACUAAAAGUUGGAUUUCAUGAAUUCGUUGCGCUCAAAGUGCUAUAUACAAUGAAAGACUCCGACUUGGACGUUUUCCAAUUAAUGGGACGCGAACGGUUGGAUCUGGUGCUAUACGGUUGGGAGGUAUGUCAAGUGCAUUGGGAUGAAUUGAACAGUAAGGAAGGACUGCCACCAUACUUCUGCACAGUGCUGAAACAAAUAACCCAAUAUUCUUUGGAUAUAUGGUUCAGUAAAGAGUGGGAAGAGUGCAUAUCAAAGUUUAGAGGAAUGCUAUUGGUUUGCUUAAAGCGUGCCAAGGAUUUAUUGCUCAAAUUACCGGGUAACGAUAUAUUCAACUGGGAUUACACAUUGCAAUUGGGUGUGGAACCUUGGAAUAUUCCUUACCUAAAGGAAUUUCUCGAAUGCCGGGAAAAUUUUGCAGGAAGUUUAACACAAUCGAGUGAACAUGUAGAGCCGCCAGCUACUCCGCAAGAUAUUGAGCACCUGCAGAAAGAAGGUUUAGUUUUGCUUCUACUACGUUUAAUUAAGCUCUUUGACGCCGGCACUAUUGAAGGCGUACGUAGGUUAUCAAUGCGAAUUAUUGCUGCAUGGAAUCACGAGUAUGAACAAUGCAAACUACAAACGACUCUUUCUUAUCCAGAAGUCAAAAGCCAACACAAAAAGUGCUUAAUACUUAUUUGCCAUAUUUACCUAAUGGCCAUAUAUGAAAUGGAUGACAUACGCGGAUUUGUUAUUGAUAAUCUG